GACUACAUCUGCCCACGAUGCGAGUCGGGCUUCAUCGAGGAGCUCCCGGCAGAGACCAGGCACACAGAGGACCCUACCCCCUCUACUGCGCCCACGGACCAGGGCCGGCAGCCGCUGGAGAACGUGGACCAGCCCCUGCUCACGCUGCCACAGGGCUACGGACAGUUUGCUUUCGGCAUCUUUGACGACAGCUUUGAGAUCCCCACAUUCCCUCCUGGGGCGCAGGCGGAUGACAGCAGGGACCCCGAGAGCCGGCGGGAGAGAGAGCACCCCUCACGACACCGCUAUGGCGCCCGGCAGCCCCGGGCCCGCCUACGGGCGCCCAGCCGGCACGAGGGCGUCCCCACGCUGGAGGGGAUCAUCCAGCAGCUGGUCAAUGGCAUCAUCACCCCAGCGGCCAUCCCCAGCCUGGGCCUGGGCCCCUGGGGUGUCCUGCACUCCAACCCGAUGGACUACGCCUGGGGAGCCAACGGCUUGGACGCCAUCAUCACACAGCUCCUCAAUCAGUUUGAGAACACAGGCCCCCCGCCCGCAGACAAGGAGAAGAUCCAGGCCCUCCCCACGGUCCCUGUCACGGAGGAGCAUGUAGGCUCCGGGCUCGAGUGCCCGGUCUGCAAGGACGACUAUGCACUGGGCGAGAGCGUGCGGCAGCUGCCCUGCAACCACCUGUUCCACGACAGCUGCAUCGUGCCCUGGCUAGAGCAGCACGACAGCUGUCCCGUCUGCCGGAAAAGCCUCACGGGACAGAACACGGCCACAAACCCCCCGGGCCUGACCGGAGUCAGUUUCUCCUCGUCCUCGUCGUCCUCCUCGUCCAGCUCUCCCGGCAAUGAGAACGCCGCUAGUAACUCCUGAGUCGGCGUCGGACGCUCCACACCCAGACUCGGCGCUGGCCGCGCUGUCGGGUCGGCCCUCCCUGUCCCAGGCCACUGGGCGGAGCUCGGGGACUGCCCGACCCCGGGGACAGAGGUCAGCGCGGUGCUGCCCGGUACCGGUACCGAAGGGCCACCCUGGCUGCUCCGGAGGGGUGUGGCCCCACGGCCCCUGCAGGGGCUCCAGCCCUCAGUCCCAUCGUCUCUAACCUCACCCUUAAAUGUUCAACGGUGGAAAGGUUUUUAUAAUUUUAAAUUAUUACUGCUUUGAAAUAAAUGGACGUUGUAGCUCA